GUGUCCCCCCUGUUCUUGCGCGCGCGCAUCAAUUCCACACUAAUUCCCCUUUGCCCGUGUACCCUCACCCAAAGCAAAUGCAUUCUUUGACCAUUGCGUUCCAGCACACCUGUAUCUUCUUUCUUUUCGCGAAAGAAAAAACUACUAACAAACUCCCAAGUCCCAACCAGUUCGACGACAAAAUUUAUCCAAAACACUAUCAAAAGCUUCAACUUUUACUUUUUUUUUUUGGAUCUGCUGCACCUGUUCUUCAAUUCGUCCUUGGUCUCUGGCAUAGACAGGUUGUUGCAAUUAACCAAAGCCCCCCAAGGCCCUAAUCCUCCACCAUGCGUAGAGUUAGGCUUUAGGAGGCCAGACAAGAAGAUCAGAGAGGGAGUGAGAGAGGUGCACUUGCUCCCCAGCUCAAGACCAGCGCAGGAACUAAAAGCAAAAGGGAAGGACAGAUUGAGCACCAAUUAAAGGCGGGCAGCUGGAGCAAUCGGCCAUGGCCUGCCAUCGCCUUCGUUGCUAUCUUUAGGCUAGCCGCUGCUCGGAUUGCUUGUUGUGGACGCAGGGGGAGGAGACUGAUCGCCCGGGGAGGCAGAACAGAACAAGACAGAACGGAGGAGGAGGAGGAGGAGGAGAGAGAGGAGACCGACCCUCCCCCUCCCUCCCCUGUGUUCUUGCUCCUCCUCUGUUUCCAGUCCCCCGCCGCCUCCGUGGAGCCAUAAGCAGGUGCUUGGCCCGCCGGUCGGCGGCGAGGGCGGCAGACAUGGGUUGCGCGGUGUCGAGGCCCGGGGUGGUGUCCUCGCCGUCGUACGAGGACGACGUGUCGUCGUGCUCCUACAAUAUGUCCCGCAGCGCGUCGGCGUCGGCGGACCUGGGCUCGGCGUCGGCGUCGGCGUCGGCGAUGUCGAUAUGGAGCCGGCCGGUGCGGCUGGAGGCGUUCAAAGACGACGACGAGGACGAGCGGCGGCGGCGGCGGUCGGGGAGGGAGGCUGCGGUAGCGGCGGCAGCGCGGCUGGGGAGCGUCCGGCCGUGCGUGGAGGGCGAGCAGGCGGCAGCCGGGUGGCCGGCGUGGCUGAGCGCGGUGGCCGCCGAGGCCGUGCACGGGUGGGUGCCGCUCCGCGCCGACGGCUUCGAGAAGCUGGAGAAGGUGGGGCAGGGCACGUACAGCAGCGUGUUCCGCGCGCGGGAGCUGGCCACGGGCCGCCUGGUGGCGCUCAAGAAGGUGCGCUUCGACAGCGUGGAGCCCGAGAGCGUGCGGUUCAUGGCGCGGGAGAUCCUCAUCCUCCGCCGCCUCCAAGGCCACCCCAACGUCGUCGGACUCGAGGGCCUCGUCACCUCCCGCUCCUCCCCCUCCAUCUACCUCGUCUUCGAGUACCUCGAGCAUGACCUCGCCGGACUCAGCUCCUCCCCCGACAUCACCUUCACCGAGUCGCAGAUCAAGUGCUACAUGCGGCAGCUGCUCGAGGGGCUGGCGCACUGCCACGCGCGCGGGGUGAUGCACCGGGACAUCAAGUGCGCCAACCUGCUGGUGAGCGACGGCGGCGAGCUCAAGGUGGCGGACUUCGGGCUGGCGAACCUCUUCGCGCCGGCGCCGGCGGCGCCGCUGACCAGCCGGGUGGUCACGCUCUGGUACCGCCCGCCGGAGCUGCUCCUGGGCGCCACGGCGUACGAGCCCUCCGUCGACCUCUGGAGCGCCGGCUGCGUCUUCGCCGAGAUGCACGCGCGCCGCCCCGUCCUGCAGGGCCGCACCGAGGUCGAGCAGAUCCACAAGAUCUUCAAGCUCUGCGGCUCGCCGCCCGAUCACUUCUGGCGCCGCUCGGGCCUGUCCCACGCCGCCGUCUUCCGCCCGCAGCAACCUUACCCGAGCCGACUCCGGGACACCUUCGCCGCGUCCAUGCCCGACCACGCGUUCCGACUCCUCGCCAUGCUCCUCUCCCUCGACCCUGCCGCCCGCGGCACCGCCGCCGCCGCCCUCGACGCCGAGUACUUCACGACGGCACCGUACGCAUGCGACCCCGGGAGCCUGCCCAAGUACGCGCCCAACAAGGAGAUGGACGCCAAGUUCCGGGAAGAAUCUAGAAGGAGGAGCAACCUCCGGAGCCAAGGCGGCGAGGGGGCGAAGCGGCUGUCCUGGGGGCACAAGAGCAUGCAGCUGCAGGACACGAACCAGAGCCACGUGCACGCCGAGGAAUCGCUGCCCGUUGUGGCCAAAAGCGGCGCGGCGGUGGCAAGGAACGACGGCGACUCGCGGCUGCUCGUCGACCUGGAGCCCGUGCCGGCGAUCAGAUUCAGCAAGCGGCACGGCGACGACGGCGCCGGCGACCACGCGCCGCCGUACGCCAAGACCUUGUCCAGCAGCUUCAAGGAGCCGGCCCGUGUCGCGGACCGCCGCCCUCUCUCCGGCCCCGGGCAGCUCGCCGCGUCCACCGGUUUCGCCUGGGCCAAGAAGCCCCGGUCCGUCGCCAGGUCUUCGACGGCGGCAGCCGCCGUCACGAAGCGGAGCUACUCCAAGGGUUCAGGGACCAAGAACAACAGCAGCGGAGGAGGUGACAGAGCAAGAACCACCUCCGCCGCCACCGCCACUGAAGCGGCGGCACCAUACGAGGUGGAGAAGCAGGAGGUGAUCAAGCAGUGGGCACAGGCCGCUGACGCAUUCAGCGCCUCUGAAGCUUACAGCAGCAGGUUCAGGCAGACACUUGCUGCCAGGCAGCUCAAGAAUGGAAAGAUGUACAAGGGGAAGGUGAGCAGGGUGGACCACUCAGGGCCGCUGCUGUCACAGCCCCGGCGCAUCGACGAAUUCCUGCUGCACAGCCACGAGCAGCAGGUCCGGCAAGCUGGUCGCCGGCCAUGGUUCAAGAAAGGCAGCAAGAAGGAGCAGCACAGAUGGCAGAGGCACGGCAUGAUCACAUUGAAACGGCGUGAUCAAAACAGGAGAUGCUGCGAGCAGAUGAAAGGGAUGGAACGAGUUGGGCCAUGAGCUCUCCUGAUGAGCAGGUGUUUUUUUCAGGGCUGGACAGACAGACAGCCCCAUGCCAUCAGGGAAAGCUGAGAUGGAAGUGGAAGCUGUUGUAGUGGGGUUUUCAGGUUUCAUGCAACCAGAUUUUGCUCUACCUGAACUAGACAACAAUGUUGUUGCUGCUGCUGUUGUACAAGAUCUUUUUUUGUGCUCGCUUGUGAUGAUAAUAUGCAUGGCAAGCUCCAAAAUGUGGUUUCCAAUUUAUGUAUAGCAAGGGGUUACAAAAGUUGGUAAUCAUAAUGCUUGUGCCCUGUAGUAUCAUACUAUUACCACGCCAACUUAAUUUCUUGUUUUACCCCUGCUGGCGCCUCCAAAACCAAAACCCAGAAUCGUAUUAGCACAUUUGAAAGUGUAGGCUUACCGCACUUUGUCCACGUGAAUCGGUUAACGCCAAACUGCAGCUUGCUAAUGGUUUCUUU